UAACUACCUGAAUCUUUCUUCGCAUUCUCUUGUGUGUAGGACGAAGGCUCUGAGGAUUGUUCGCCAUGCCUGCAGGGCCACUACUGCAGCGAUGAGACCACCAGUGAGGAAGCCAUGUUAAGUGUUAUGGUGUGCCCCCCAGGUUUCCUCUGCUCACAGGGUUUGGCCAGAGACCCCCAGCGCUCAGCCACUCUCUGCCCUCGAGGUUUCUACUGUCCCGGAGGAGGCAUUAAUCCAAACCCCAUUCCUUGCCCCAACGGCACAUACGGAGAUUCCCCUGGGCUUCGGGAUGUCGCAGAGUGUUUUAAGUGUCCUGAGGGGAAGUACUGUUUUUCCCAGCAUCCUUAUGAACAGCCCAUCACAAAGCCUACAGGGGAGUGUCCUGAUGGACACUACUGCCCCGCAGGGACAGGCCACCCUUUAACCUAUCAGUGCCAUACUGGCAGGUACAGAAACAACACUCUUGGUCACGGUGGAGAAGUGUGUAUUCUCUGUCCGUCCAGGCAUUUCUGCAACAGCCUGGGAACAUCUGCCCCUACAAUCUGCCCUCAGGUCAGAAAUUACUUAAAAAAUGUUCUGCUGCACAAAAGUGAUGAAAAACUAUUUUAUUUAUGUUGCUCUAUAACUAUAUUCAGGGUUUUUUCUGUCCAAAUGGUACCUCCACUCCCAUACCUUGUCCUGAGGGGACCUACAGCUCGCGCUCUGCACUUGGUGAUGUAUCAGAGUGCUCCCCUUGUGGUGGAGGAGAGUAUUGCGCUGGUGUGGGACUCAAAGAGCCUUCUGGAAGCUGCAAGGAGCGUUUCUACUGUAGAGUAGGAGCUACGUCUUCAGUAUGGCUACCCUUUUUCUAAAUAUGUUUUAGUUGCAGAUAAAAUGCAAUUAAUUUCCAACAUUUUUGUAAAUUGUCUUGUUUUAGCCUGUUUA